AUGCAGAACAGUGGCAAUGGCCAUCUGCCUGAUCAUUGUGUUGAAUUUGCUCAAGGUGCCGACCAAGUGAUAGUAUGGGUUGGUUUGAUAAGAGAAGGUAUUGUCCUAGAUCCAUAUUUGCUGAAAGGAAUCUUGAUAGCUUGGAGUAUUUACAAAUUAUACUCUAUCAUGUUAUUCAACGUGAUUUUCGAAAAUACAAUGUCAACAGGUGGUGGCAGCAAGAUGGUGCUCCCUGCCAUACAAGCAAAUGCGGCGAUGCAUUUCCUUCGAGUACAAUUUCCCGGAAAGCUAAUGAGCAAACGUAGCGAUUGUGAUUUCUUUCGUUGGGGCUAUUUAAAGCAACAAAUCUGGAACGUCCUUCAUGAGCAGCACUGCAGCAGCCAAUAAAUAUGAGACAACUUUGUGAUGCGAUUGUUUUGACAUGCGAAUCUUUGGGACGGCAAAUGAUUCAACGUCCCUUUGACGCAAUGGGUUCCUGUGCAAGACGUUGUAUACGUGGAAGAGGACAUACUAAAUCCAACAUUUAGCUUUAAUACAGCAGAGCAUUUUAGUAAAAAGAUUUUGUUGAGCAUUUUAGUGAACAUUUUAGAAAGAAUACAACUGUGCCUCUCUAUGAUGGCAUGGAAUAUCUAAAUAUUGUUCGUCAUUCUCAGGGAGCAUAUCAAGCAAUAGAUGGUGAAAAUUUCAAUGACAUCAACAGUUUCCUACUUUCGUAGUCAGUUUCUUGACUACGAAAGUAGGAAACCUAAAACAAAGACGAACAACAUUUACCUUGAAUACUUUGCCAUGGCAUAGGCAGUUUAAAAGACAAUGAAACCUCGAAACGAUCUUGAACCUGGUACCUAGAUCACAACAUUGUUGCGCAUUUAACCUGCUAAGUUACUAGCCAGCUUGUUACAGUUAGAUGUGUGAUUACUAUUACCAAUGGCUGGUCAAACAGUGAUAUACUGUGGUCAGUCCCUGCCUGUCAUGUGUUGUAUGUACAUUUUGUCUAGUCUAAUUUAUGUCUGUUAUGUUAAAAAUAAAUAAACAAGCGAUCCACGACCGGACCAAUAACAACUUCAUAUUGUUUUUAAUUAUCUUCCAAAUCCAAGAAUGUUUUGGAAGAAUAUCCUCAAACCCAUUGAACUGACUUAUGAAAUUUUCCAGUUACAGGUACUCAUUUUGGAGCCUGAUAAUGAACUGUCUUGUUUUUGUAGGUUGGUCUAACAUCUCAUGGAUAUUUUGAUACUGAUAUUUAUGGUUCAAGUAAAAGCAAGUAUGUUAAACUUAUUUAUAAUGUGUUGGUUGAAGGUUGCACUGACAUUUUAAAAAAAGGAAAAAAAUAUCAGGGUCUCAGGCAUCUUACUCGAUCAAACUAAAUUGAAGGGUUGUAAAUUUUACAUUGUUUUUACAUUGGCAUCACCUUUAGAGUUUGACAACUGGCAGUGGCGUAGCCAGGGUUUACAAAGUGGUAGGACAAGUUGAGCACCAAAGGUGCAAACAAUCUAAGGGGGUCCGGGGGUAUGCUCCCCCGAGAAAAUUUUGGAUGCCGCCUUUUCCAUAGAUUUUAAAUAUUGCACUCGGGGGCAUAGGAAGCAGGGCUCUGGCAGCUAGGGCACCAUCCAAUAUUUUAUAAGGGAUGAAAGAAUUGAUGUAAGGACCUAACAAAAGAGGUAGAGACUAGGGAUGAGCCGAUUAAUCGGUAAAUAAUCGGCAAAGCCGAUUAAUCGGCUGUUCUUUAAAUAAUCGGUAAUCGGCCGAUUAUUGCCUGAUAAUCGGCAAAUAAUCGGCCAUAAGACUUUUUCUGCAGCUGCCAAGCACAUGCUAGAAUACUGAAUACAAGCGAUAGAUUUUCACAUUUUGUUGCAAAACCUGUGUCUUUUGUCUCGAGCGAAGUGAAGCUGGGAACAUUUCCACUGGAAAACGCAGCAGACUAGGUCUGCAUAGCUGACAAUAUCCUGUUUUUACACCAUAAUCUGCCAAAACUAAACUUUGACUAUUGACAUGCAAGAUUGAAGCUGUUUUUAAUUGUACAUAGUGUGUAUUGUAAACAAUAAAACCGCAUUUACAACUUCAUUGUUGGUCAUCUUGUGAUUUUUCGCUUGCUUUUUAACAAUUAUUGGAUGAGGCUGAGCAGGAUAUCCAGAAUUAUUUAGACCGAGGUCAAUGUUAUCUGCCGAAGCCAAAGAAAACAAAACAAGCAACAAUUGAAAACAAAUAAAUAUUCAUUGAAUUGAUUAACUUUUCAACUAAAAAUUUCUCGCCAAUUUGUGUUUUCGCAUAAAAUACCGCUGAAAUAUCUCGGGCGCCGUCCAAUAACCUCUGCAGAUUACUGUUUCCGCUGGAAAUAGCGCAGGCACCUACAAAUACCCAACACUAUUUGUAGGCUCUUAGCCAAUGAAAAACCGAGAACACAGUACAAUGAAUAAUAAUUAAAAUAAUCGUCGGGUACCGAUUAAUCGGCCGAUUAGUUACGAUAAUCGGCUUAUAAAUAAUCAACCUCAGUAAUCGGCAAAUUUCCUUAUCGGCUCAUCCCUACACGGCCAGAAAUCUCGCAGGCCUGUCGCAAGCUGUUGAUUUUACCGGCUUGCGGCAAGUUGUCAACAAGUCGCGACAGGUCUGUUGGUUUCGUCAGGCGGGAACAGGUCUGCCGCAAGCUGUUGACAACAGAGCCGUAGCGACGUGUUGAAACAACCCGCUACAAACCUGUUACUAACAAGAGAUAACAGGUCUGAUAGAACAACUUGCAGCAAGUCUGUUGAAAUCAACAGGUCUGUUCCAACUUGUUCCAACAGACCUGUCGCGAGUUGUUUUUGUCAAGUUUGCAGCAAGCUUGUUAUCAGACCUGCGACAGACCUGUCCACAACAAACAAUUUUUGUCCUGUCGCAACAAAUUUCAACAAGCCUGUUGUUGGGAAACAAAUCGAAAAUGUGAGUAAAGAGAAAAAUCGCACGAAAUGGACACGUCUGCCUUCACUUUCUCAUUCAAGGCAAUAUUAAAUCACAUGCAGAGGAGAUGAGGCUAUGUGCACACGGUAACGUUUUCGAGCGUUUUCACGCUAUGUAAACACUAUCAAUUUACAACAGAAGCUGUAGUUUAUUUAAUGUAUUGGAGAUAUAUUUUCCUUUGGAUCGUGUGAACAGGGUGUCAAAACGAUUAAAGGAAAAAAAGUUUUGAAAACGCUGGAAAAUGACGCCCAUGUGAACAUAACCUAAGUAUCUACUCUGAUCUGUGAUUAAAUGCAAAAGCCACUGUUUUUAACUUUUUAUAUUUUUAAAAAAUAAUUCCGAUUUCCAAAAUCCAAAUUCCAAUUUGCUGACGUGUGCUAUCGUUAUAUUUCUUUAAUCUGAUUGGAUAAAGGAGUGUGCACACAUCAUCAUUCCUCGUUGCAAUUGGACGAAAUAUUACAAACAUAUCAAUCACGUAAUCAUGUUUAGUUGUUUUUGAAUUUUGAGCCAAACAAAAUUUCAACAACUGCCUCAAACAAAAUCAAACAAGUUCAAAGCUGUUUUGAUUUUUGAAGAAACUGUGGCAAUGAGAAUACAAGAUCUAGAGCUUAAGAAAUGAAAAAUACAUGAGCAACCUAGUGUUCACUGCAACGUUCUUCAUUGUUCAUAUGAAUAUGAAAUUCGUUAUAUACAAUGAUUUCUUUCCAAUUUCAAGUGAAAUCAGCGAGCGAGGAAGACGCCUUAUUGAAGCUUUGUGUUAUUGUAUGUACUAUUUUGAAGAAAAAUAUGCAAGUAGGUUGUCAUAUUUCGGUCGUACUUAAAGACCAAUUAAUUUUGAAAAUUGUUUACGAUAAGAACCUUUCUUGAAUUUGUUGUAUUUUUUCGGCUGUUUUGCUCAAAAAUUAUCUUGCAAGUUUGUUUAUAAGUGUUCAUAUGAAAGUCUGGCUAUUUCACGAAACACUACAACCGAAAUAUGGCAACCUGUUUGGCCGUUUUUUGUUCAAAAUAGUGGAUACACAAGCUUCAUAAGGUGCUUUCCUCGGUUUGCAACAGGUCUGUCGCAAGUUGUUGAAAACAGCAUUGCUGCAGCUCUGUGUCAACAACUUGCGACAGGCCUGUUGAAAACAGCAUUGCUGCAGCUCUGUCACAACAGCUUCUAACAGACCUGUUGAAAACAGCAUUGCUGCAGCUCUGUCACAACAGCUUCCAACAGACCUGUUGAAAACAGCAUUGCUGCAGCUCUGUCACAACAGCUUCUAACAGACCUGUUGACAGGCCGUUGCGGACCUGUCAGAACAGACAGGUACAAGGCGAGCGAACGCAUCCAGAUAUCGGCUUGUUGACAACAGGAUUUAACAGAUCUGUUGCAGAUCUGUUCCGACUUGCGCGUUUCUGGCUGUGUAGUAGAUAGUAGAAACUCUGGAUCUGACGAACUAGAGCAUAGAUAUCUUAUAUACACUAGAUAGUGCAUCUAAUUAUUCUGCAGUUCAAAAAUUGAAGCUGUGAUUGCAGACUCAGGAUAUUCCCAUGAAAUAAGAAGAUUCAUAUGUUUUUUAUUUCUUAAAUUAAACAGGGAACUUAAACAUUAAGUUAAACCUAUUCCAAAUACAUUUUUAAACUAUUCAAAUGCAGGGUUUUUUCCAGGAUUUUCUCUUGGGUCCGUUUUUGCAGAGAAGAUUGAGUUUAGCUGAACACCCCCCCCCCCCCCCCCUACCGGGGGGCUGACACCUGUACUCAAUAAAUGUAGUUGAGAUGGAAUGUGUUAAAACAGGGGCACUAAGGGACACUAUAAACUGGUUAAAGAUGGCGAAUGCAUAGUUUUUGUUGUGUUGUGAGAUGAGUUCCUUCAAGAUUGAGUUUUUGGGGCCGUUUAACGGCCCUAAAAAAUCUCUGAAAAAAACCCUGAAAUGAUGAAAGUUAUUGUUGUUUUUUAAGCGUUUAUAAGUGAGUGGGAACUACCAACAUGGCCGCCAUCUGUUCAAAUGGGGGUAGCCACUGGAAUAUUCUUGGCUUCAAUUUUACUAAAAGAGAUGCGCUAUCUGGUGUAUAUAAGAUAUCUAUGAACUAGAGACUCAAAAUUGGUGCUGACGAUCGUGGCACUCAGCCCCUGCCCUGCUGCAUCAUUGCUUGACUGCAUAGCCAAGAAUAAUUAGAACUUACCUAUUUGGUUUUAUUCUUGACUUUCUAUUCAAGUCUCAGUCAAAAGAUUAUUGAUGACUAGAUCUAAAGCAUUCCAUGUUACUGAUUAUGUUCUUGUUCUCAUGCUUGUAGAUUUGAAGGUUAUGAGAUAUCAAUUCCAACAAAUGAAGCAGAGGAGGUAACUUUGACUUUCAUAGAAACUGUAUAUUUAUACUAUAUAUUGUCUUUUUUAUUAGAUCAUAGCAAAACAAACUUAUACAGUAUAUCUGUUUAUUUAACUACAUACUAUUAAUUAUAGUACAACAAGAGGUUAAGUUGUUGAUAAUUUUUAGGAUGAAGAUGAUUAUUCUGCAAGUGCUCUUGGCCAACCAAAGAGAGCCACAUACACAGCUCCUGUUGCUUUGCUUAAUGACAUUCCUCAAGGAGAACAGGUAUGGUAUUGUCCUCUUGUUGUCCUUGCUAAUGUUGUUACCCAAACAUUGUGUUGACUGUAUCAUAUUGAAUAUUUUAUUUGCAGUUCAAUGCAUUUGCUGAACACAAACAACCAACAAUUGCUGAAAGAGAAGAUGACUACAGAGCUAGGAGGAGAAAGAUGAUUAUCUCUCCAGAAAGAAAUGAUCCAUUUGCAGAGGGUAGGUUAAGAUUGGGCAACUAUGUUCAAAUGGUUAUUAUCCAUCAGCAAGCAAGUGUUGAAUGUGCAAACUUAGUCCAUUUGUGUGCUUUUGGAAUGACUGUUUUGUCUCACAAUGGUAUGUCUAAAGUUUGAAUAAAGGGUUUUCAUGUUUGACUUGCCAUGUCUUUCUAUUCUUCACACAUAAAUCAUAUGUGUGUACCUGUUUUGAUGUGUGUGUGUCAGUAAUGCAUACUGUACAAGAUACUGUCAACUUCUUGAAAUAUUACUAUUUGGAUGCAUGCCAUAAACCAUGCAAUCAUGGUUUGAUUUUUUUUGGUUUAAGCUAAGAUAUAUUUCAUAUUCAUAUUAAGCAUUUUUACAGUCACUUUUCCAGUAUAUAAUUUAACCAAGAAGUUUGCCACAAUGUGGUGUCUUUAAGUGUGUUUUAUUUCUUUUCCAAAAAUGAUCAGGGCACACAAACAAACAAUGAGUUGCUUUACUCAAACAAACUUGAAAAACAUUAAUUGUUGCUGAAUAAAGCAGAAAAACAAAAAUAUAUGGACCAAAAUGCAUAUUCAAUAUGCUUUCUUGCAUGUGCUUCUAACCAUUGUUUAUCAUGUAUAUCUCUUAUUUUGAAAUUACCACAAACCAACACACAACAUUUACAUGCAUAUUUUUGUGUUCUUACUUUGCAUAACAACAAAAUUCAUAUUACUUGAGUUUACUGCAUUUAAAGUUGUAAUUUUGAAAAGCGAAACAAAUUUGGGAUUGUAACUAUUUGGAAGGAUUUGAGAAUAAUUUUGCAUGGCUAAAACGUUUCUGCUAAGUGACCCUAUUAUUAUGGAUUUUACACUAGAUAUGUGUUCUGUGAGCAGGAAAUAACAUAACGUAACAUAACAGACACAACAUAACAUGUACUCUGAGCACAGUACUCUACUAUAGAUAUUUAGAAAUUAGAAUAGUAAUUUAGUAAUGAUAAAUUUUUACUCGCAAAUACUUAUUUACGGGACCUUUUUCUUCUAUGUAGUGAGAUUGGUAAGGUAAGUUCUUUGCAAAAAAGAAAGAAUCUGGAUCUUCAAAAGACUAUCUAGACAUGUCUUGGCAACCCAUGAAACAACCCGAGUCUCUCAAAUUCCACAGCCCUUGUUCACUAAAUAGUUUACUAAAAAUUUUCACUUUCAUUUUCAGUGAUGAUAUCAGUGACCUUGUAAAUAUUGCGUUAUUGUGGCCAAACAUUGGAAUAAAUAAAAAUAAAAUAACUGGACAUUACCAAGAUGUUAAAGCUCUCACACACAGUUCUCCCGUAAAUUCAUUUGUGUACCAAGUCCAAGAAAUUGAAAUUAUUACAAUAUAAAAUGAUCAUGAGCUAUAUUUUUUCCUGAUGUAAAUCAAUAGGAAUGGGUAAAGCACUCUGUCUUAGACAAGAAGUAAGCAAUUUGUGCUAAAAGGCUUGUUCAUCAGAGUUUGGAUUUUAUAGCCAAAACGUUGAAUUUGGCCUGCGUAUCUUUCUAAUUGUUCCUAUAGUCACACUGCAGUAGCAAUCAAACGUUGUGAAUUGUACUUUUUCAUGAAAUAAAGUACUACUGUACCUGAUAUUAGACACUAUUAAAGAGCUGUAACUUUCAUAAACUGAGCAAGAAUAUGGCAUAUUUAGUAGGCAAACAACAUUAGCAUGUAAACUGAACCAACCUGAAUUUGGUAUGGUUUGCCCUCCCCUUUUAGUGGUACACUGAUAUGUAAAUGAUGAUUUAUUAGGGAUCUUCUAACUGUAGUUGAUUAACAUGGAGGUGUGAUGAACAUGGCUGUGGAGCUCAAGUUUCACCAAGUAUCUCUGCUCUCCUGGGUUGGUGUUAGCAGCGAGACAAAUACCAAUGUUAUAUAGUACCUUGGUUGUUAUAACGUAGCGGUACUUGACUUGUGGAAUUACAGUAACAAGCUAGGACAUUGUAAAAGCUCUUGUACUCAGAAUGUCCUAACCUCUUAAAAUUGCAGAAUCUAUAUAACUAAGAAUUUCAGAAAAGAUUAAAGUGUUUACGAAAGAUGCAUCGUGUACUAUAUAAUAUGCAGUAUAACACGACAAUGUAGAGAUGAAGAUGAAUUUUCUAUAGUGACAAUUUACAAAAUUUCAAAUUUUGUGAAAAUUUUAAGAUUUGGACUUUGGGUACAUCUUUUACCAAUGUCGGACCCUGCCACAAAACAAUUUUGUCAUUGUGUAUAGAAGUAUUCCCUCUCCAUUACUGUACAUAAAGUUUUCAGGUGUCUUGUGUAGAGUGUAUAUUUUUGGUAAGAAUGUUUGUUACAGUCACUGAACAACUAUGCCAGUCAGGAUAAGCAAUAAAAGCUCAAUACGAUGUCAGUCGAUGAUAUUUCCUCUAAGAAUACCUCCACGUUGUAAUAACGUAUUUGGCUAUUUGGAAUUACUCUUAACCACAUUUUGUACAUUAGUAAUAAAAUGUAUUUAUCGCUGACAUCAAAUCUGGUAUUUUGUUGCUUAUCCUAACACUCUACCAAGAUAACCGUUACCCCUUACUCUAAUUAUUUGACCUACCUGUGGAAUGCCGUCUUUAUUCUCCUUUUAUUCAACUUUUAUUCAUGUUUCAUUACUGUACUUUAGUAUUGGCAAUUGAUUUUAUGAGUUGUUUUCAAAUACUGUUAUUGCCAUUUGCAUCCGCGUGUAAUUUCAAAGUUUUGUCAACAUUAGUUUGUCUAUUGACAUGUCUCUUUCGAUAAAGACUAUGUCUAUAAUUUGUUAUAUAUAUAAUAACUCUCUGUAAACAACUUUGACCCGUCAGUCCAACAUUUUCAUUAGAUGAGUCUUUGUUGACAAAAUCGGAAGCAACUUGUUAUACUUGGAUGUAAAUAGUAAUAGUCGUAGUUCCAAGAUUCUGAUUGUACUAACAAGCAGAACUUAUUCUGCUUUUGUUUUUUCUCCGUAGCUAUGAGUUUGAAGACACCUGACCCUUCUCAGAGGAUAGGAAGGAGCUAUGCAGAAAUCUUGAUGGAUCAACGAUUGAGAAAAGAAGAGGUAA